CAGAGAGGAGGUCAGCAGCAGAGAGGCUGCAGGCGUACAUCAGGCAGCAGGCGAGGAGGUCACGAGGCACGAAGCAGCUGGCAGCCGCAAGGGCCGAGCGGGCAUGUCAAGUACUUCAGAGUUGUGUUAGAAGGGUCAGUGUUUCUUCCUUGUUCAUGCAGUAUUAUGGUUGCAUUGUUCUUCAAUCAUCGGUUCGUCGUUUGAUUGUUGCGAACAAUGUGGGCUGGGUACGAAAAGUUGCUGCUAAAAAGCAUCACGACAUGGUUGGACUGGAGUCAAAGCUAUCCAAGGGAAAUUGGGAAGUGGAUCGAAGUUCACUUGGAAACGCCUUCCGGUAUGCCAAGUAUGGGAGGUACAGAGAGCUGGAGAAGGCAAUACAAGAUUCUGAAGUGUCUGUCGAUGACCAAUAUGGACCCAAGAACAACACUCUGCUCUGUGUGGCUGCAAGCCACGGACAUCUGAGAAUUGUGAAACUUCUUUUGAGGAACAAGGCUGACAUCAAUUUCCAAAACAGUGAAGGGAACUCGCCGAUGCAUCUAGCAAACAUCUUUAACUACAAAGAACUUGUCAAUUAUUUGAUCUCCAAGGGAGCCAACAAGGAGCUCAAGAACAAGCGAGGUCAUUCUCCGUUGGAAGAAUCCGUCGAUGGACCUGAUGAAGCUUCUUGAAUGUAAACAUGUAAGUGUAUCGUAUGUAUGUAAAUAGAUCAAAUAAAAUGUUUGUUC